CUUCACAGUUGGAAGAGAGACCCCAAGAAUGACCACAGCUGCUCCAUUCUCACCUCUCUAUCUCUCAGUCACCUCACCAUCACAGAGCUGCCAUAUCCAUCUCCCUCACGUCCGUCUCCCUGCUACCCAGAUUUCAGUUUUGAGGUAUUAUGAUUCCCACCUAGUACGCAGGCACACAGCCAUUGGUCUGUCGCAGCGGCAACACCCCCACUUGACGACCCCACCCUCCAUCUCCCUCACUCAAGCCAAACCAACUCCAGCAAUGCAGCAAACCAGCAGCUCCGUCGCCCCUCGCCACCUCUCCGUCGCCAUCGCAAUCCAGCCACGCGCCGCACCAACUACAACUUCCGCAACACCUCUCGGAACAACAAUCGCCAACCGCCACGUCGUCGCCAUCGCUCACUCCCGCGUCCAUCGCCAUCGCCGUCACCGUCUCCCGGCGAGAUCCUCCACCAUCUGCUCCUCACAGCUCCGGUCAUCCCCUCCGCAGCAAUUCAUCUUCGGCAGCCUCUAGGAUUGGUUUUUGUUUGUUGGGGCUCAUCU